UAAGUGUACCCACGGUCGGAACUUAUUGUCCCUCUUCUCUAAACUUCUGCUGGGUUCAGACAGUCGUUCAUGUGACCGGCUGUCACAUGAUAGAGCGUGACGCCGUGUUGUAGUCUGUCAGCUGUUCGCACAGUAACUUACAGGAUCUGGGUGGAUUUAGAUUUUACCUGUACACAUACUGUAGUAGAUAUAAUAAAGGAUGGAUAUCCGCGGGGCUGUGGACGCUGCAGUCCCCACCAACAUCAUUGCUGCAAAGGCAGCUGAGGUGCGGGCCAACCUGGUCAACUGGCAGUCCUACCUGCAGAGUCAGAUGAUCUCUGCUGAGGACUGUGAAUUCAUCAAGAAAUUUGAGGUGGCCAACUCUGAGGAGAAACAGGUCAUCCUGACCAACGAAGGACAUCAGUGUGCGAAAACCUUUCUGAACCUGAUGGCCCACAUCUCCAAGGAGCAGACAGUCCAGUAUAUACUGACUCUGAUUGAUGACACUCUGCAGGAGAACCAUCAGCGUGUGAGCAUCUUCUUUGACUAUGCCAAAAAGACGAAGAACACCGCCUGGUCCUACUUCCUGCCAAUGCUGAAUCGUCAGGACCUUUUCACUGUCCACAUGGCGGCGAGGAUCAUUGCUAAGCUGGCUGCCUGGGGCCGUGAUCUGAUGGAGGGAAGCGAUCUUAACUACUACUUCAACUGGAUCAAAAGCCAACUCAGUUCACAGAACCUACAUGGUACAGGUCCAGAAUCAGGCUCAGGAGCAGGAACUAUUUCCCCCAGUGAAAGCUCUCAAUAUGUCCAGUGUGUGGCUGGAUGCCUUCAGCUGAUGCUGAGGAUCAAUGAGUACAGGUUUGCGUGGGUGGAGGCUGAUGGGGUCAACUGCAUCACCGCGGUGCUGAGCAACAAGUGUGGCUUCCAGCUCCAGUACCAGAUGAUCUUCUGUGUGUGGCUGCUGGCCUUCAGUCCUCAGCUCUGUGAGCAGCUGAGGCGCUACAACGUCGUGCCAGCCUUGUCCGACAUCCUCCAGGAGUCUGUCAAGGAGAAGGUCACUCGAAUCAUUCUGGCUGCCUUCAGGAAUCUUUUGGAGAAGGCAGCAGAGAGGGAGACAAAACAGGAGUAUGCUUUGGCGAUGAUUCAGUGCAAAGUGCUGAAGCAACUGGAGAACCUCGAGCAGCAAAAAUAUGAUGAUGAGGACAUCACAGAGGACAUCAAGUUUCUGCUGGAGAGGCUGGGAGAGAGUGUGCAGGAUCUCAGCUCAUUUGAUGAGUACAGCUCUGAGCUGAAGUCUGGCCGCCUGGAGUGGAGUCCUGUACACAAGUCUGAGAAGUUCUGGCGCGAGAAUGCUGUCCGCCUGAACGAGAAGAACUACGAGCUCCUCAAAAUCUUGACAAGGCUGUUGGAGGUGUCUGAUGACCCUCAAGUCAUAGCAGUGGCAGCUCAUGACAUUGGAGAAUACGUGCGACACUACCCACGCGGCAAACGGGUUAUUGAGCAGCUGGGUGGAAAACAGCUGGUGAUGAAUCAUAUGCACCACGAGGACCAGCUCGUCCGUUACAACGCCCUGCUGGCGGUGCAGAAGCUCAUGGUCCACAAUUGGGAGUAUUUGGGAAGACAACUGCAGUCCACUGAUCAGCAGCAAGCUCCGGCUGUGGCGGCUCGAAGCUGAAAUGUUCCCGUGCAUUUGUGUCUGUGUAUCACUGCGUGGAUGAGUGUGUACUGAGUGCACAUUGGUCUUUGUCAUUUUGAUUAUCAGCUGUAGAUUUUUCCGUGACAACUUGGAAAAAAACCUAAACAGUGCUCCAGAAAAAGUGAUCCUCGAUGUAACUUGAUUCGACCGUCGUGCUUGGUGUCGUGCCCCUCUCAGCUAUGUGAUGUGUGGUGAUUGAAGUCGCAAUUUAUGUCUGUGAUAAUGUAAAAACAAAAAAAAAAAACAAACAAAAAAAUGUGAGUUAUUUAAGUCUUACCUGUAAAACAUUGUAUGUAUUCCAAUAAAGAUGCUUAUCUACGGUG